GGAAUCUAGUGGUAAGAAGAGAGAGGGGCACGGUAACCGUUCAGACUGUUGGUGAGACCAAGCCAUGACCAAGCUCGAAAUUCUUCAUAACAGACGUAUUUAGCUUACCGUACGUGCCAUGUUGUAGCGUGCUUUCGGGUGAACGUUCCUUUAUCAUCGAGCUUUUAAUAAAGGCGCAAUUGCUGCAAUUAGUGGGUUGCUGAUGUGGGUUAAUGUGCAGUGUUUCUAUUAAGAGUUUUAUUAGAUCAUUGCCAGUCAAGGGCCGUCCAUUUGUGGAGUUUAAUGCAUUUGUAUACAGAAGUGUCCUUUCUGCAAGUAAAUACAUACUUUCCAAACACCAGUGAUUACAGCUGAGGAAUAUUUGAUUUCCGAUGCGGUACUACAGCCUGGCUCCGAGCAAUGCGCCUGCAGAGACAAAACCGUCUCGCUUUACAUCUUAUGCAGAUUUGGGAUUAACGGAAAAUAAGAUUUCCUGUACUGAGCGUGAUAUGAUGGCGAUCCGAGAAGAACUGGAAAACGUCCAAAAAAAACUAAAAUUGCAGUCAAAACGCUGCCGCCAACUUGUGUCCGAGUACACCCGAAAGCUUCAAGAAAAGGACCAACUUUACUUAAACGAAAAAACCCUGCGAGACAACCAACUCGCGAAAGUGUUAAAGGCUUUACUGAUCUUUGAAGCCCGAUUGAAGCAGGAGCAGAAACUCAUCAGCCACCAACUUAGUGAAAAAGACUAUAUAAUAAGUAAACAAGGCAACGAUAUAAAAAAACUCCUAGACAAUCAAUAUUGCAGAAACUGUAAUAAAUAUUAUACGUUACCUGUUAUAAAUUUAGAAAGCUUCGAUAGUGGUUCGGAAUAUGUUGCAACUGAACCAGAUUAUCAGUCGUCCAACUUAGAAUCUCUAGACAGCAGUACUGAAAACUACGCUGCUUCAUCGGAGAGAGAUUAUCCUAAAUCACGCGAUGAAGUCUAUGAACCUACUGGAAACAAACACUGGUAUGGCUCUCAAGGAUGUCGGAAAGUAUCUCACAAAAAAUGUGCUGGCUCAUAUUUUCAGAUUUUAAAACUUCAUAAUGAAAGUCCGAAUUCAAAUGAUGAUAACACUAGCGCAGACUAUGAUAAUCUGGACUCUUUGCCAACCGAAAGUGUUAGUGAUAAAAUCAGCGAAGUUUCAGAAAACAUUGAUAACAUGCUUAAUAAAACCGGCAGUUUGAGCAGUAGGAACUCAGAUUCUAGUGCAAAUGUUUCUUCUUCGGAAUGCGACAAGACUGUUAUCAAUACAGUAGUUACAAAGUUUGAGGAUAACGGAGAAAUUACAAAUACUACUGAUCAGCAGAAUGUCAGCAAUAAAGUUGAGAACAAUGAUUUAGACAACAAAUUAACAGAGACUAUGCCAUUAUUUGAAAGUGGCGGUGAUACCAAUGAUAACUGGUAUGCUAGUGCAAGUGACCAAGAAGAUGAAGAUCAUAGAGAUGUAUAUAGAAAUAAUCCCGUUCUUGAAUGUAUGAAUCAGAUUCUCCUUCAAAAUAUUAACGAUAUAAAUUCACCUCCCAAAACACCAAAUAUUGAAAGAAAAAGUAACAAGAGCAAUAAGCGAGUUAAAUUUAGCGACAAAGAAGAUACAAGUUUCCCAGUCAGUAAAAACAAUAGCCAUGAUUAUUACGAGACACCAAUACAGAAGACUCCAAAUUUCUAUGAAACACCGCAAAGUAUCUAUAGUAAUGAUUAUGAACAAAUUCUCAGCAAAAGUAGUGAGUAUUCAUCCGAUUGUUCGAAACCUACGAUUAUCCAAGUUCAACAACCAGACACAAAAGAGAAUCAUGAUUAUAUUGAGAUGGAACAUACACCAGAUCAAGAGUCGGCAUCGGCAAGUAGUAAAAAUAAUAGAAAAACUAAAAUACUAAGAGCUCCGCCUGCAUUGCCACCAAAACCACCUAAUUUGGUAUCUAAGGGCAAAAUUCAAACUAUUCACAAACAACGUCGAAGUGAAUCUAAUAGCUCAGGGGAUUUGGAACCAGACUAUUGCUCAAUUUCGGAACUUAACUUACCGCAAAAUAAGGUAUGUGUUAAAAAAAUAAGCGUUGUAGCUGAGAUUCAUAGUCCUACCUCGCAAGAAAUUAAAAAUAAAAUGAAUACAUCUUCAGCAACAGAGAGAGAUAUAAUCAGAAAAGCCGAGGACGAUAUUCCCAAUCUGCUGGUUAAAAAAUGUGUAGAAAAAUUUAAUAUUCAGCUUGCUAAGCAAGCUCCGGUAAAAACAGAAUCAACUCUAAAGCGUUCUCCAAAGAAGAAAAAUGAUAUUCAAAUUCCGAAACUUCCACAAGUAUCUGAAAUUAUUAUUCCGGAUGAUCCCGAAGAUACUGAAGAGGAAAACAUAUCACAAGACAACUACAUAAGAAAUAACACCCAAAUUUUACAAAAUAAAACAGGCCGUGAACCAAGAAAGUCAAUAUUAAUUGGGUCAUCUGUGUCAAGCCUUAUCAAUGGUUUCAACAAUAACCAGCUGAUAGACGAGAUUAAAAAGAAGCAUGAGCGCUUGAAGCCUGAACCUCUAAAAAUGUUUUCCAGUUUUGAUAAUCUUCAAAACUUGGAUAAACAUUUACAAAAGUCUCCUGAUGAAACAUCCGAACAUCCGUGUUUUAAAAAUUUUGAACUCAGUCAAAAUUUUGAAGAAUUUAAGCUGGAUGACUGCGAAAUUGAGGAGUAUGAUGUCGAAGAAGAACUGAGACGGGAGGACCAAGCCAAGAUAAAACAAGAUUCAGUAACAAUUAUUGAUAUACAGAAAAAGCAACCUCAGAAAUUAAACGGUAAACUCCAGGUAACAAUGGUAGAUUACAUCCGAGCCACAGACAACAAGCUACCAAAUUCAAACCAAAGUUCACUGGACUUGUUGAAAAAGCUAGAACUGGGGCGAAGUAAAAACUCGCUCGACAAGUUUGCGAGUGGCGAAAGAAAAAGGUUUUCAACUCAACCUACUUAUGAACAUUUUCUGGAAUGCACAGGGCUCAGUUCAAAAUCCCUAUUAACCUCAUCCACGACACCAUCUCAUGCGCAGAUGAUAAAGCCAAAAGAAGUGAAAUUGAGACCUAAAGAGAGAACUAUGUCUAACAUUUUUGAACACGACUCUCAACUGCGCAAUCCCAAUGCGCUUCACGUGAAGCAUAGAGAAACUAAAAUUAAAUAUUGGUCUCAACCUUUUGUAUAAUAAAUAAACCAAAUGUGUGUUGAA